UACCUGAUUAAGAAAGAAAAUGAAAAAGGCCUUUGAUUAGAGUAAUAAACCUGAUGGGACGUGCUGAAUGAUUGGUAAAAGCAGACAAAGUCUGAAGCUGCAGACAGAAACAUCAGACUGAGGACAGAAACACACCAGCUCUGAGAAAUGGCUCAAUCUCUAUAUUUCUCUCUUCUCCUCAUUGCUCUCUGCUCCAUAUCUGAAUGUGUUCAGCGUCAGUAUCACUUUAUAAAUGAGAAGAAGAACUUGACUGAAGCUCAGAGAUACUGCAGAGAGAAUUACACAGAUCUGGCCACUGUUGACAACAUGAACAACAUGAUCCAGCUGAACAAGAGUGUGAAUGAUGAACGUGUCUGGAUUGGUCUUCAGAGGACGAGUGUUUAUAAAUGGCAUUGGUCUUCAGGUGAUCCUGCGCUCUUUCUGAACUGGGCAUCUGGACAACCAGUUGGCAGUGAUAAUUGUACUUAUAUGACAAAUGGACAGUGGAUUGUUGGGCCAUGUAGUGCCAUCUCACCCUUCAUCUGUUACAACAUGAGCAGAGGACUGGUGUUUGUCAAUCAGACAGUGAACUGGAGAGCCGCUCAGAGUUACUGCAGACAGAAUCACACUGAUCUGGUCAUUGUGAGGAACCAGAAUGAGAGUCAACAGCUGGAGCAGUUCAUUAAUGACAGACAAUUAUCUGGAGGUGCAAUCUGGAUAGGUCUGUUCAGAGACCCAUGGCAGUGGUCAGAUCAGAGCAACUCCUCAUUCAGAUACUGGAAAACUACUGAACCUGAUAAUUAUGGAGGAAUUGAAAACUGUACCGUGAUUGAAGAAAAUGCUCAGGGAAGAUGGGCAGACUACCCUUGUUACUGGAAGAUGCCUUUUGUGUGUCAUGAAGAUAAACUGAUUGUGAUCCAGCAGAAUCUGUCGUGGUCUGAAGCUCUGAGAUACUGCAGACAGAAUCAUGUGGAUCUGGUCUCGGUUCAGUCAGUGGAGAUGCAGCGUCGUGUGAUGAACGUGGUUAAACUGGCGUCUACUGAGGCGGUGUGGUUGGGUUUACACCACUACUGCAGCAUGAACAUGUGGCUCUGGCUGACUGGAGACAUGGUGUGCUAUCAGAACUGGGCUCCAGGGAACGGCAGCACACCGGAAAACUGCAAACUGGAGAACAGAAAAGGAGCAGUUCAGUCUGGAGGAGAUCAGACCUGGAUCAGCCUUCCUGAAUCUCACAGACUCAACUUCAUCUGCACUAACUAGAUGAGAAAAGACGGAAGAUUGUUGGUGUGUUUACUCAUGUUGACGGUUUCUUUACUUUUAUUUUAGGCUUUAUUCUUUAAAAAGUUUUUGAGUUAAACUGUUUAAGAUUAAAAAGUCAAAUAUAUCCGUUUCAUUUCAUUUAUCAUGACCCAAUAUGCUUCUUUUAACAUCAAUGUAUAACAUUAUUAUGUAAGAUUGUUUAGAUGUGAUAAGUAUAUUUGAAAUACUCUUUUUAUACCUGGUGGCCUUUGGUCUCAUAUGAUUUGCAUGUAUAAAUGACUUGUUGAAUGUGAUUCUGUGAGCAGCAGCUCUGGAGAAUAGCAUCAUCUGUCUCUCGGCAGAUUAACUCUGGUUUAUUUAUUUGAGGCACAGCUAAGGGUUGAUCCAAAUUAAUCUAAGAAAAUUACGAUAACAGAACAUUAACUGAAAUAAACUGAUCUACAGCC